UCAGUUUAGUAUGAGGUAGCGUUUGGGUUAGCAGCAAAAGCUAACAAGAGAUGAAGGCUGCUUCGCGGAACAGAAACACUCGUACACUAGAACGAUCUUGUUUGUUGGUUUUUCCUUCCCCAGACCACGACGACGACGCCGCCGACGACGUUUUCGAAAGUCUAUUUUUAAACAAAUCGAAUAUUUAUCGGUGAGAUAUUAAUAAAGAGAGAUUCCUCGGCAUACCGUAGUACAAUUCAACUAUCGGUGUUCGUCGUCGACGGGUGAUCGUGCUUCGCUAUCGGACAAGCGUGUUUGGUUGAGAAUAUUUUCCUUCAAUUUUAUUAUCUAAGCUAGAAGAUGUGCCAAAUUAGAUACGUCAAUUUAUAAAAAAAGAGUAAAAAAUUUCAAAGACAGAAACCAAAAAACAAAAUAUCAAGAAAACUCAUUUCCAUUGUGAAAUCACAACGAAAAUCAUACAAAUCUCUGCGGCGCGUGUUUGUUAACUCCUUCGUACCGAACCGAAACCGAGACGACGAAUUUUCCAAGGGGAACAUUUUUGAAUAUUUUUUAACUAAAUGUUACAAAUUGCUCAGAGACAUAUACCCCUUAGAAAUUGUUUCAUAGAGGUACUGAAUAUGACUACACGAAUCCGGAGGAAAAAAUCAUCGCUGACGGAGUUAAAGAUCGCCGUUGUUGGGGCACCCGGUGUUGGAAAAACCGCAUUAAUAGUACGAUUUAUAACAAAGCGAUACAUAGGCGAAUAUGCACACGAAGCAGACAAUCGAUACAAACACGAAGCCUUAGUUGAUGGUGAUACGGUACUCUUUGAGAUCCUAGACACAUGUCCAAAGAACGUGAACGAGAACGAAAUGCCAAAUGCUACAGAACUAAUUCAAUGGGCUGACGGUGUCCUUCUUGUGUACUCAAUAACAGACCGAAACUCCUUCAACUACAUUCGUCGUGUAAAAUCAGGCUUACAGUCGGAUACUCCGGUGCAACUGGUUGCCAAUAAAAACGACUUGGUUCAUUUGCGCCAGGUGAGCACUGACGAGGGUGAAAUCCUUGCCAAGGACUUUGAUUGCAAGUUCUGUGAAGUAUCUGCUGCAGAACAUGUCAACCUAGUUGCUGAAGUGUUCUAUGAUCUCUGUAAGGAAGUGAUGUCGUCAAAGAGAAAAUCAAAACAAAGUCUGCUGGAAAGGAUGCUGGGAGGGCAUCGUCCUUAUAGUCGGGGCAAAAGUGAUAGUGCUUUACCAAAGGAUUUUAAACCGAAGCUUCAAAUAACUGAUAGCUUUUUCGACGAACUUUAAAGUUUGCGUUUGGUAAUGAUUUUUGAUAAGCUUUGCUGAAGCUGCUUUGAAAACGUAGCGUAACGUUAUUUGAGUGCUUCAAUUGGAAGCUUUUGAAGCAACUUUUAAAAAAUGGCCGUUUUCCGGAAAUAAUGUGAACAAUGAAAAUGUAAAACUUGGUAGAUUUAUUAGUACACAAGCACUUGCAUCACAAUUGUGCUUUAUUUUUUACUGCUUGAUUUGUAAUCAUUUGUUUUGUGAGAGAACUCCUUUACUACAGUAAUAUACAAACUUUUUUUUAUUAAAAAUUUCAAAAAAAAAAAAAUAAUAUAUGAAGUGAAAA